GAAAUGAUGAGGUCACCUUUAAUCGAGAUUCAUGUCGCUCUAAUUGGUAUGACUGGUUGCGGUAAAUCAGCUCUUGCCGUAAAAUACAUUGCUCGAAGAUUUAUUGGAGAAUACGAUCCCGAACUUGAGGACACUUAUUGUCGUCAAGACACAAUAAUGUCACAAUCACUGAUGGUGUGGUUAAUGGAUACUGUGGAUGGUUCAGGUCGAGAUGCAAUGAGGUAUCUUUCUUGGGCUGAUAUAUAUAUUGUCGUAUACGAUGUAACUUCACAAUUAUCACUACAAUAUGCUGAAUCAAUUUUCCAGCAAAUUUCGACGCAUGAACAUCAUCUUUGCGCUCGACCGCAUAAAUCUUUGUUAGUAGGAAAUAAGACUGAUCUCGAACGAUACAGACAGGUUAAUGAAUCGGAUGGCGAAAAAUUGGCGAAACGUUUUGGUGCACUUUUUGGUGAAAUAUCUGCUAUCGAUGAAUAUGAACAUGUGGAAGCAUUAAUACGUCAACCAAUUGCUUCUCUUAUCGCUGAACGUACCAAAUAUCGCAGUCCAUCGCCUCGGCUUUGCUCUUCGGAUUCCGAAAUCGCUUCAACUGGCAGUAAAAGUAGUUUAUCAGCUUCGCUCAAAAAUACUCGACGAUCGAAGAGUCCACGACCACUUGAUGCCAUGAAAGCUUCUACUUCGAAGAAAACCGGAAAUAAACUUUUAAAACUUUUUCACAACUGA